GGGUCGGGGCCAUGGGCCGGCGCUGCGCUGCGGGACGGGGCGGCCGCCGCAGGAGCCCGGGGCCCGGGCCGCUCGGGGUCCCCAGCCCAGGCCCACGCGCGCCCACGCGAGGCGGGUGAGGGGCGCCCCCAAGGCGGAGGGAGCCGGGGCCGGCCAGCGGCGCCAGGAUGCUCAUCAAGGAGUACCACAUCCUGCUGCCCAUGGGCCUGGACGAGUACCAGGUGGCCCAGCUCUACAUGAUCCAGAAAAAGAGCCGGGAGGAGUCAAGCGGGGAGGGCAGUGGUGUGGAGAUCCUGGCCAACCAGCCCUACACAGACGGGCCCGGCGGCAGCGGGCAGUACACACACAAGGUGUACCACGUGGGCUCCCACAUCCCAGGCUGGUUCCGGGCACUGCUGCCCAAGGCCGCCUUGCAGGUAGAGGAGGAGUCCUGGAAUGCCUACCCCUACACCCGGACCCGGUACACCUGCCCCUUCGUGGAGAAGUUCUCCAUUGAAAUCGAGACAUACUACCUGCCCGAUGGGGGGCAGCAGCCCAACGUCUUCAACCUGAGUGGGGCAGAGAGGAGACAGCGCAUCCUGGAUACCAUCGAUAUCGUGCGGGACGCGGUGGCCCCCGGGGAGUACAAGGCGGAGGAGGACCCGCGGCUGUACCGCUCGGUGAAGACGGGCAGGGGGCCGCUGGCAGACGACUGGGCCCACACGGCCGCCCAGACGGGGCCCCUGAUGUGUGCCUACAAGCUGUGCAAGGUGGAGUUCCGCUACUGGGGCAUGCAGGCCAAGAUCGAGCAGUUCAUCCACGACGUCGGCCUGCGCAGGGUGAUGCUGCGGGCCCACCGCCAGGCCUGGUGCUGGCAGGACGAGUGGACUGAGCUGAGCAUGGCCGACAUCCGGGCCCUGGAGGAGGAGACGGCCCGCAUGCUGGCACAACGCAUGGCCAAGUGCAACAUGAGUGCCGAGGGAUCCGAGGCCCUGCCCUCGGGGAAGCCCAGCACGGAGUCUGGGGCCAGCCAUGCCAGCACCCCCGAUGGGCCUGAGGCCCCCACGGGCCCCGACGCCUCGCCCGAUGCCAGCUUUGGCAAGCAGUGGUCCUCCUCGUCCAGGUCCUCCUACUCAUCCCAGCAUGGAGGCGGCGUGUCCCCCCAGAGCCUGUCUGAGUGGCGCAUGCAAAACAUCGCCCGGGACUCUGAGAACAGCUCCGAGGAGGAGUUCUUCGAUGCCCACGAGGGCUUCUCAGACAGUGACGAGGUCUUCCCCAAGGAGAUGACCAAGUGGAACUCCAACGAUUUCAUCGACGCCUUUGCUUCCCCCACAGAGGCCGAGGGGGCCCCAGUGGCUCUCCUCUGCUCUGCAGACCCUGGAACCGAGGCCACCAAAGAUGUUGGGGAAGGGGCCCAGGCACCCAGGGACUCGGAGGGUCCAGAUGGAGGCGGGGAGCUGGGGGCCGAGGUGUGUGCCGUGCACGCCCUCUUCCUCAUCCUGCACAGCGGCAACAUCCUGGACUUGGGGCCGGGCGACGCCAACUCCAAGCAGGCCGACGUGCAGACGCUGAGCCUGGCCUUCGAGGCUGUCACCCGAGUGCAUUUCCCCGAGGCUCUGGGCCACGUGGCGCUGCGCCUGGUGCCCUGCCCUCCCAUCUGUGCUGCUGCCUACGAGCUUGUCUCCAACCUGAGCCCCUACAGCCACGACGGGGACAGCCUGUCCCGCUCGCAGGACCACAUCCCCCUGGCCGCCCUGCCGCUGCUGGCUACCUCGUCUUCCCGCUACCAGGGCGCCGUGGCCACCGUGAUCGCCCGCACCAACCAGGCCUAUGCCGCCUUCCUGCGCUCGGCCGAGGGCGCUGGCUUCUGUGGCCAGGUGGUGCUGAUCGGAGACGGCGUCGGGGGCAUCCUGGGCUUUGACGCCCUCUGCCACAGUGCUGGCACGGGCUCGGGCAGCCGGGGCAGCAGCCGCCGAGGGAGCAUGAACAAUGAGAUGCUGUCCCCAGAAGUCGGCCCGCUGCGGGACCCCCUGGCAGACGGGGUGGAGGGGUUGACCCGGGCCAGUCCGGAACCCUCGGCCUUGCCCGCCCAGCGGACGCCAAGCGACGUGGCCAGUCCUGAGCCCGAGGGCCCUCUGAGCAGCCUGCAGGCAGCUCCACCAGCCGCCUCCACAGCUGCUACCGGAGACCCCCGGCGAGCCAGCACAGCCUCCUGCCCGCUGGCUGCCAAUUCUGAGGCCCCCGAAGGCCCCGCCGGCUCCAUCCGCCUUCAAGGUCUGGACUUCAAGGUCUCCGGCUUCUUUCUCUUUGGCUCCCCGCUGGGCCUGGUGCUGGCUCUGCGUAAAACCGUGAUGCCUGCUCUGGAGGAGCGCUGCUCGGCUCUGCUGCCAGGAUUGAACCCACAGCCUCUGGGGCCUCGGGCAUGCAAGCUGCCGCUCCAACAGGCUGAGCGCUCUCGCGGGCCCAAGAGCGCUCCCCUGGCUCAGAUGCGCCCAGCCUGCGAGCAGAUAUACAACCUCUUCCACGCGGCCGACCCCUGUGCCUCCCGCCUCGAACCCCUGCUGGCCCCCAAGUUCCAGGCCAUUGCCCCCCUGGCUGUGCCCCGCUACCAGAAGUUCCCCCUGGGAGACGGCUCGUCCCUGCUGCUGGCCGACACGCUGCAGACACACUCGGGCCUCUUCCUGGAGGAGCUGGAGAUGGUGCCCUCCACGCCCACCUCGGCCAGCGGCGCCUUCUGGAAGGGCGGCGACUUAGGCAACGACCCUGCGGCGCCCAGCACCACCGGCGAGGUGGUGAAGAUCCUGGAGCGCUGGUGGGGGACCAAGAGGAUCGACUACUCGCUGUACUGCCCCGAGGCGCUCACCGCCUUCCCCACCGUGGCCCUGCCGCACCUCUUCCACGCCAGCUACUGGGAGUCCGCCGACGUGGUGGCCUUCAUCCUGCGCCAGGUGAUCGAGAAGGAGCAGCCCCAGCUGACCGAAUGCGAGGAGCCGUCCAUCUACAGCCCGGCCUUCCCCAGGGAGAAGUGGCAGCGCAAGCGCACCCAAGUCAAGAUCCGGAAUGUCACUUCCAACCACCGGGCGGGCGACACGGUGGUGUGCGAGGGCCGGUCGCAGGUGCUGAACGGGCGCUUCAUGUACGGGCCCCUGGACGUGGUCACGCUCACCGGAGAGAAGGUGGACAUCUACGUCAUGACGCAGCCGCUGUCCGGCAAGUGGAUCCACUUCGGCACGGAGGUCACCAACGGCUCGGGGCGUCUCACUUUCCCUGUCCCCCCGGAGCGGGCCCUGGGCAUCGGGGUCUACCCGGUGCGCAUGGUGGUCAGGGGUGACCACACAUAUGCUGAGUGCUGCCUGACCGUGGUCGCCCGAGGCACCGAUGCCGUGGUCUUCAGCAUCGACGGCUCCUUCACCGCCAGCGUGUCCAUCAUGGGCAGUGACCCCAAGGUGCGCGCCGGCGCGGUGGACGUGGUCAGGCACUGGCAGGACGCGGGCUACCUGAUCGUCUACGUGACGGGCAGGCCAGACAUGCAGAAGCACCGCGUGGUGGCCUGGCUGUCACAGCACAACUUCCCACACGGCGUGGUCUCUUUCUGCGACGGCCUGACCCACGACCCACUGCGCCAGAAGGCCGUGUUCCUGCAGGGCCUGGUGCAGGAGGUGGAACUGAAUAUCGUGGCGGGCUACGGGUCCCCGAAAGACGUGGCUGUGUACGCAGCGCUGGGCCUGCCACCCAGCCAGACCUACAUCGUGGGGCGCGCUGUGCGGAAGCUGCAGGCCCAGUGCCAGUUCCUGUCGGACGGCUAUGUGGCCCACCUGGGUCAACUGGAGGCGGGCUCGCACCCUCACGCCCCGACGGGCCCCCCGAGGGCCGCCCUGACCAAGAGCAGCUACGGCACACCAGCCCCGGUGGACUUCCUCCGCAAGCAGAGCCAGCUUCUGCGUUCCAGGGGCCCCAGCCAGGCGGAGCGCGAGGGCCCGGGGACGCCGCCCACCACGCUGGCCCGAGGCAAGGCCCGAAGCAUCAGCCUCAAGCUGGACAGUGAGGAGUGAACCCCGAGGGCCCGGACCCAGUUUAUUUAUUCACGCACUCGAGGGGCGCACGUGGGCCAAGCGAGGGCCCUGACCUCUGGUCCCGGCCUUGGCUCCCCCAGCCCCACCCUGCAUCUCUGCCUGCCCCUCAGUGUCACUUCCUUUUGGUGUAGAGGCCUCAGCCCCCCGGAGGGAGGGAGCACCAGGCCCCAGAGACUUUUCCAGUGUGUGUGUGAACCACAGAAAUAAACACAACCUGCACCCUAUCUGCCCCUCCCUGGCAUCACCAGGCAGCCGAGUCCUGACUGCAGGCAGAGAGGGUGGAGCCUGCAUUUCGGUCUGCAGGGCCCACCCCAGCCUCUGGCAGCCGAAGCCAGCUUUGCCCCAAGGACUGAAGACUGGGCACAACCCCGGUCAGACAGGAAACGGCUUCCUUUGAAGCUAGGGGGACCGCUCAGUCAAGGCCCUAGGUUUGAGCCCUGGGGUGCGCAGGGAGACACCAUGAAUGGCAAGCAGCGCUGCAGUGUCCUCUCAAAAAGAAACUCAGGACAGAGAGCUCCUGGUGACGGUAUUCCACACGCCCGAGGCCCCGAUUCAAGCCUCAGCACUGUAUUAAAAAGUUUUUUGUUUUU